AUGAACAACGAGUACGAUUAUUUGUUUAAGUUAUUGUUGAUUGGAGAUUCCGGUGUAGGUAAAUCUUGUUUGUUGUUGAGAUUUGCCGAUGACACGUACACCCCUGAUUACAUUUCAACGAUUGGUGUUGAUUUCAAAAUUAGAACGAUUGAGCUAGAUGGUAAGACCAUUAAGUUGCAAAUAUGGGAUACAGCAGGUCAAGAACGUUUCAGAACCAUUACAUCUUCCUACUAUCGCGGUGCCCAUGGUAUAAUUAUUGUAUACGAUGUUACCGAUCAAGAAAGUUUCAACAAUGUUAAACAAUGGUUACAAGAGAUUGAUCGUUAUGCAACAGGUGGUGUAAUGAAGUUAUUGGUUGGUAAUAAAGCUGAUUUAUCUGACAAAAAGAUUGUUGAGUAUACUGCCGCUAAAGAGUUUGCUGAUGCAUUGGACAUUCCAUUCUUGGAAACUUCAGCAUUGAGCUCAACUAAUGUUGAGCAAGCUUUUUACACGAUGGCAAGACAGAUUAAGGCACAUAUGGUCAACAACAAUGUAGGUACUGCUGCGGGUAAUAAGGGUAAGACAAACGUUAAUUUGAGAGGUGAAUCAUUGACAUCUAAUCAAUCCAAUUCUUGUUGUUAG